AUGUCAGAUGCUGCGCCGCCGCAAUUCACUGAGGAGGACGCGACGGUCCUGGACCGCUGGAUCGCUGACGUCUGCGGUGAGGAGGUGCAAUUUCCUGCCCACAGGCGGGCUCAAUUUUCCGCCUACAAGCAACGUCUGGAACUGAUUCGGGAGUCCGGCGCCCAGUCGCUCUUCCGCCACUCCUCACGCUCGGGGACGCAGGAGACGUUGGCCCUGCAUAAAUUGCUUGCGGCGCUGAAUCAGUUGUGUAGGUGCGAUAUGGAGGAGAUGGCAAGUGUCAGGGACGAGAUAGGGUCGGUGGAGCGCAUGCUGCACGGGAGUGCGGUGGUUGGCGAAGGAAAGGCCGCAGCUGCGCCGUCGCCAGCGGCGGCUGCGGCAGGUGAUGCCGCGAGUGCCGCAGGCAGCAGCCUGGAGGCAUACGAGAGCCGCAGGAAACUCGCGGCGUGCUACGUGGCGGAGAUUGAGCACCAACGGCAGUCGAACCGUGCGAAUAUGGCGUCGUGUCACGCACGGCACCUGAGGCUGCUCGACCAGCGCGACCAGCUGCAGGAGGAGUUGAAUGCCCUUCGCGAGACGGAGGAGUUCGUCGCGUCUAGGUUGGAGGAAACGCGUGCGGCGCUUGCCAGCGAACGUGACGCGGCGGCGCGGGAGCAGCGGGAGCAGCCGUCCAACACGUGUGCCGCGGCACAAGACGGUGGCGACGUCAAAGAUGAGGCGGAGGAGGAAAACGCAAAGGCCCUGGCGGAACUGCGCGCGUCGCUCAACAGCGCCUGCCACGAGCUGGCACAGACGCGGGCCGAGCUGAGCAGCCAGGACACCGCCCACGCCGUGCGGUUUCGUCAGGCGCGUCAGCGGCUAAAAGACUGGCAGGACAUGGUAGGGCAAAUGCGCCGCACAUGCGACCAACUCUGCUCCCGGACGCGCGUGAUUGGCACGGUGGUGGAAGCGAACGUCGCGGGGCUGGUGGCGGACAGUGGGCUUGGCUACGCGGGGCAGCUGCGGAAGCUCAACCGCCUCCUCGUUGAGAAGUCCGCCAGACUGUUGGGGCUGCAGGGCGGGGCGGAGGAGGAGGAGGACAACGAAGUCGUGAGUGCCGCCGGGGGCGGGGGAGUCCUGCGGGAGCUCUUCAUCCCCCACCACCGUGCGGCCUCCUCCGCGUCCGUGACGGAGGCGGCGAGCUCCUUGUCGAGCCCGCUCCGCCGCUCCUCCCUCUCCUCGGCGUCGCCGCAGUACCCCUCGGCGGAAGCCUCUUCGCUAUCGGUCCCCGGCGGCGCAGGCAGCACAAACGCGCCUCAGCAGACGUUGGCAAGGCAGCGGCGACACCGCCGCGCCUACGCCCUCUUGACGGACCUGCGACGAUGGGAGAUGGCGCUGGUCAAGGAGUCUGCAGUGCUGCAUGGCAUCUGCGAGAGGGGACUUCGUUCUGCUCCCGCACCCUCGCCGUCGGGGUCGCCGAGCACGUGCAUUCGUCAGCUCCGCAGCCUGCUGCUCGCAACACAGUAA